AAGGUACCGAAGCUCACUUUCAUUCUAUACAUGAUCGAAAUUCGAUAUUCAAGAAUUUGUGACGCUGUGCUCUGUAGUUUACUAUACCAAUAAAAUACAAUGAGAUGGUUUUUACAGCCCAAAAAUUCCUGAUGACACUAACAGCGGGGUCACUCCGACCCCGCACCGGAGCUCCUCCCAUACAGAACUUUCACAACAAAACAGACGCAGCUCUGGUUAAACAUCUCAAGAAUUUUCAUUACCUAUUCAAUUCUCAGCCCCUAUUCAUAAUAAUCCACAGCGCAUUCCAUCAUCUCAAUCAUGGCAGACAACAACCUCAAUGGCCGUCUGGCUCUCAUAACCGGUGCAUCAAGCGGUAUCGGCGCAGCAUGCGCACACUCUCUCGCAAAGCGAGGAGUCCAUCUCGCCCUCACUUACUCCAAGAACCGAAGUGGUAUGGAGGAGAUCGUGAAGUCUAUCCAUGCUAGUAGGGGAGAGGGAGUAGAAAAGUUGAGGAUCAGUAUACAUCAGGUCGAUGUAGGUGUAGUUGAGGACAUGAGCCGAAUGUUCGAAGAAAUCAAACAACAACACGAAGGAAAAGUAGUCGACAUCCUAGUCAGCAACGCCGGCUACGGAAAGCGAAUUGUCGAUGUUUGGGACAUCCCCCUUUCCGAAUUCGAAUACACCAUCAACGUCAACCUCCGCGCCUCGUUCGUGCUCGUCAAAGGCGUAGUCGAAGGAAUGAAAGCCCAGCGCUGGGGACGGAUAAUAUUCAUGUCCUCAAUCGCCGCUAUGGGCGGAGGCAUAAACGGAUGUCACUACGCAUCCUCCAAAGGCGGCCUCACAUCCAUGAUGCGCAACCUGUCAUCACACCUCUGCAAACACAACAUCAGCGUCAACGACGUCGCUCCCGCGCUGAUAGGCGAUACGGGGAUGAUCAGUAAUCCGGAUGUGAUCCCGGGGGGCGUGGGAACGAUUCCGAUGGGACGGUUGGGCGAGCCGAGCGAGGUGGCGAAUGUGGUGCUUAUGCUUGCCGAGACGGGAUUCAUGACCGGUCAGAGUUUGUUGAUUGCUGGGGGGUUGAAAUAGAUGGAGUAAUGGUCGGGGAGGGGAGGAGGAUGACAGAAGGUGAGAGACUGGGAAUUCUGGGGGACGUGCAAGUAAGGAUUUGUGUAUGUUGAGACCUCGCGGCCUUCGUUUAUAGAUAAGAGUCGCAUUGCCCUUUCCACUGUGCUCGGCCUCUCGUCGUUGAAGAUAUAAGCUCUAUUCUGCUGCAAGCAGAGUUUCCCAUAUCAACCGCUACAAACCUAUCUUCUCGCCCGCUUCGGGUAUCU